AUGCACGAUCCAUUCCCCUUCCCGCGGCCCGAGAGCCUGGUCAAGUACGUCGAGCCCGUCGCCGAAUACCUCUCGCUCAAAACACUCCCCCUGCACUUCCACGAGGUGGCCUUUGCCUUUGUCCUGUACGACGUCACCUACCGCAUCAUCUCGCCCGCCGUCUCGCGCCUCUUCUUCCCCCGCAUAUACUCGUCCUUCAACGCCCGCACCCGCCUCAACUGGGAUGUCCACAUUGUGUCCUUUGUCCAGAGCACCCUCAUCUGCGCCCUGGCCCUGUGGGUCAUGUGGACAGACUCGGAAUUGAAUCAGAUGGAUAGCAUUGAGCGCGUGCAUGGAUACACCGGUGCCUCUGGCUUGAUCCAGGCUUUUGCGGGCGGCUAUUUCGUCUGGGACUUGAUCAUCACCGUCCAGAACAUCAAGAUAUUCGGAAUCGGCAUGCUGUUCCACGCCAUCUCGGCCCUCUGCGUCUUCUCGCUGGGCUUUAGGCCAUUCGUCAACUACUAUGCCUGCAGCUUCAUUCUCUACGAGCUCUCCUCGCCCUUUCUCAACAUCCACUGGUUCUGCGACAAGCUCAACAUGACGGGCUCCACGGUCCAGCUCGUCAACGGCAUAGCCCUACUGUGCACCUUCUUCUCGUGCCGUCUCGUCUGGGGAACAUACCAGUCGUUCCGCGUCUUUGCCGACGUCUACCACAUAUACACAGCCGGCAUAGUCCCGCAAUCUGACCCUGAACUCGGAAAAUUGUCCAACGAUACGCUUGUCGGCAACGCAGCCUUUAAGAACGACCUUCUCCGUUACUCUGAAGGCCAAUCUAUUCCCUUCUGGCUCAUAUUCGCCUACCUAGCCUCCAACGUUAUCCUCAACGGCCUGAACUGGUUCUGGUUCAGCAAGAUGAUUGAGACGAUACGCAAGCGCUUCGACCCGCCCCUUGGCACAAAGAAGCAGACGCCCGAGAUCAAAACUGCUUCUCUCAACAUUCCCGAAGACGAAAAGGUUCUCGUUGAGGGCAUCCAUGUCGCUACGCCCGGGGUGGUGGAAAAGGAAGAUGAAGACUAUCUCAACGUUUCCAAGUCGGUUGAACUUGAGAAGGAUGCGAGCGGGCGACAUUUGGAAGUUCACCAGAGCGAGAUUCGCAGUCGGCCCAAUCCGCAGAGAGCUGCUCACGCAGCGUAG